GUCUGAAAGCAGUUGCGAACGAGUGGCAUCGAACGAGCGAUUCGCGAAUAUGCAGAAAACGGAAUUGAGCUUCGACGAGAUUUCAUCGUCGCAUCUGUAUUUCCUGAGGCUCAUUGGUGCAAUUCCGCUAGAUGGAAAACCGUUGGAUUACUACGUUACGAAGCUGUUGCACUUCUACUUUCACGUGAUAAGUUUACUUUACAAUGGCAUGUGGACGGGCUAUGGCAUAAGGAUGACCGCGCGAAAGCAAUUCGAGGUGGACUUCCUGAGCGAAUUCAUGGUCGUACAAUCAGUAUAUUUCCGUUUCCUCGUCAUUUCGCUAAGUCGAGAGAAGCUCACUAAACUCGUGGAUUUAUGCAGAAAGUUGUGGACAUUCGUGCUUGAGGGUGAAAGCCAAGUGGUGAGAAGCUUCGAGCGAAAGGCCUAUUACUUCAGGACUUUCAUGCUCGUCAACUCGCUAGCCGUUGUCAUCAGUUUCAUUAUUACCGCCUUCUUCAUUAAAAUCCCGGGACCAAGCGUCAAUGACACGGAUAGAAGGGUGCUACCGUUCAGAUUCUUUGUGGAAGUCCACGAAGGUCCCAUGUUUAUCUUAUCAUGGUUACUGCAGUGCGUCGUCACAUGCUCCAUUGCAUUUGAAAUAGCAAGUAUCGAAACGGUUGGCCUUUACCUGAUGAUGAUGUCCUGCGGUUAUUUGCGACUCAUACAAAACAGACUUCUGAAUAUGAAGAGCAGGGCUCAGAGUUCGCUUAAGGAAAAAAUAUCGGAGGACGAUCGCGGUGUGUUGCGUUGCGCUCAAUUUCACCAACAAAUUAUGCUAUUUUGCGAAGGCAUAGAGAAUAUCACUGACAAAUUAUUUUUCUUCGCGGUUUUCACGACCAUUUAUAACAUGUCGAUAACUGGUCUCAAAAUUCUAGAGAAUGACGAAAAUAUAGUGAAAUUCGUAAUGAUAUUCUUAUUGAACCUCUUUCAAUUUUUUACCGUACAAUGGGGCCCUGAAUACCUUCUGAUUGAAAGCGAGGAAAUAGGAAAUGCCGCGUACUUUGCCAGUUUGCAGCAGUCAAGUAAUGUAAUGAAGAAUAAUAAAAUGUUGAUAUUAAUGAUGAUGCGAGCACAGCGACCGUUUCAACUCACUGCCGGUGGUUACAUCAAUCUAUCGAUUGAAACUUUUGGGAAUAUGGUUAGAAGUGCCUUUUCAUUUUUUGCUUUACUGCGGAACAUGAAGUCAUAAUUAAUCAAAUUUAAUUAUCAAAUAAUUCGACUGAAAUAUGAUUGUGCAAACCUAAUAAUAUCAUCAAUUAUCCAAUCGCAAUCGACAAUCGCGACUGCGCAAAGUUGAUUGAUUAUAUACUGGACUACAUUCAAAAAUCAACGUUUUGAUAGAUCUCAAAUCAAAACACAUAUGCACAAGCAGAUAUUUUUAAAUUAUAGAUAUAAAAACACACAGAAAUACAAGCAUUUCUCUUAUUUUUAAAUGUAUUUCUUUAUCACUCACACAGGUACUAACGAAAAUGGUUUAGGUUUAUACAACAAAUAUGGGGUUAACUAGUCCCAAUAAUUCACGCAAAUACAAGCGUCAAUUGAAAUAAAUGUCAAUCUUUCGUGAAAAAUAGAGCUCAUUGGUGUGAUAAAUCUAACUAGAUUUAAAUUAUUUAUGCGUCAGUAACGUAAAAGCGCGAUAAUGCUAGGGGAGUGUGUUUGUAGCGUGGAAUAGUAUAUAAGAACUGAAGCAGCGAACGAAGUUCGUAGCCACCGAAGCUCUUAUAUAUCCCGCGAUGCAAAUAUCCUUCUCUAACAUUGAAUAGCACUUUGUUACAUUAUUGACGGUUAAAAAAUUUUUCACUCCUGGUAAAAGCCGUACGAGGGUUCUUGCGCGCA